AUGCAGUUCAUAGUGUCAGUGCUGGAACUUUGGGCUCGGUUAAAGAGUCUGAACGCCAGUCUGGUGAACACGCUAUCCUGUCUAGGAGAACCCACUUUGUCGCAGCUGCUGCUGGGAUGGCAACAGAAAGAACCACACGAGGAACUGAAUGGUAAGCUCCGCCGUUUGCAGCACGUUCACCUGUUGCUGCAGCGUGCUGCAGAGCUUCUGCAAGCACAUGUGUCACCAGCCAUUACCUUCCACGUAGUGUAUAGCGUCCUCGGCACAAUUUACAGUAGCUACGAAGUACUCGUAACAUUGGUGGCGCCAGAACAAGUGGAAAGCGUGCUCGUCACCCCGUCCUUGAGCUUCACCGCAUGUUGGCUGGUGCGACACGUGUUUGAGCUCGUGGCGCUGACAUUCUCAUGCUCGGCGUUGCAGGACCAGGAAGCACAGGCAGCGACUCUGUUACGCAGGGCUGCGGGCCUCACAGGGGAAGAGCCGGAGAUGAAGGCCUUCCUCAACCAGCUGGAGCGGGGACCUACCUUGCGGUUCACUGCAUCCGGCCUACUGCCGAUUGACAGACGACUGCUGGUGUCUGCUGUCUCUGCCACAGUUACCUACCUCGUUGUGCUGGGUCAGCUCGGACUUAACUCAUCAUCCAGCGGCGGCGGCGGCGGCGGCGGCGGCGGUGGAGGCGUCUGA